GGCCUUUCAGUUAUCUCGACGACGUCCCAUUUAAGAUAGGAGACAAAUUUAAAACCUCUUCGAAGGUUGGAUUACCCAUUGGUUUCUGCCUGCCUGAUUCUUCUCAGCUUGUCAGAGAAGCCCAGGGCCUUUCAGUUAUCUCGACGACGUCCCAUUUAAGAUAGGAGACAAAUUUAAAACCUCUUCGAAGGUUGGAUUACCCAUUGGUUUCUGCCUGCCUGAUUCUUCUCAGCUUGUCAGAGAAGCCCAGGGCCUUUCAGUUAUCUCGACGACGUCCCAUUUAAGAUAGGAGACAAAUUUAAAACCUCUUCGAAGGUUGGAUUACCCAUUGGUUUCUGCCUGCCUGAUUCUUCUCAGCUUGUCAGAGAAGCCCAGGGCCUUUCAGUUAUCUCGACGACGUCCCAUUUAAGAUAGGAGACAAAUUUAAAACCUCUUCGAAGGUUGGAUUACCCAUUGGUUUCUGCCUGCCUGAUUCUUCUCAGCUUGUCAGAGAAGCCCAGGUACACCCAGACAACAAGGAAACAGAAAUGCCUAUGGUAAUGCACCAAAACUUCCCAGCGUCUCAAGUGCCUAAUAACACCAGCUGCGCAAAGCGGUCAGGUGGCCCUGCUCCUGACAUACAGCAGGCCCUCUCCGCUAGCGAGAGGCAGUGCAUAGAGACCAUCGUCAACAUGGGGUACUCGCCUGAGAACGUCCUGAAAGCCAUGAAGAAGGGACAGAACAUAGACCAGGUUUUGGAUUACCUGUUUGCACACGGACAGCUUUGUGAGAAGGGCUUUGAUCCACUUCUUGUUGAAGCAGCUUUGGAAAUGCAUCAGUGUUCAGAGGAGAAGAUCACAGAACUUCUCCAACUAAUGAGUCAAUUUAAAGAAAUGGGCUUUGAACUAAAAGACAUUAAGGAGGUCUUAUUAUUACAUAACAGUGACCAACACAAUGCUUUGGAAGAUCUAAUGGCCCGUGCAGGAGCCAGCUGAAAACACAUUCCUGGGAUCUCGCAUGCCAACUUCACAUCCAAUGUGACUUGGUCUCGGCAGGAAGGAGUCCAGCUUUUCACACACAUGGGAGCGUUACUGGGCAAGCCUACCUGCGUGCAUCACUCCAGCAUUUCUCUUUCCACUGGGAGACAACUUUCUUUCUUACUUUAAAUUUUUAAAGUGUCCUUUCCUAAGUUUCCUUUUUUUCCAGCUUGGCCAUGGAGAGUUUAAACUGCCCAGCCUCUACUGGAAUUGUACAUAGGCAGAGACUGGAGUGGUUCCUCCCACUGUUGCAGUGGAGUUGGACAGAAGAAUAUGAAGUUGGUUCUGAAACCUAGGAUGCUUUGGUUCUUUGAAGCUGCUUUCAUGGUGUCUGCUUGUACUGAAUUACUUGACUGUGUCACAGUCCAAAUUAACUGGUUAAAUUUGACCUUCAGUGCAAUGGAAUUUAAUUUUUUGGUUGAAAGUUAGCCUAUAACUUAGUAAAAACACUGGUUCAGAAACUGUCACUAUGCAUAAAGAGAAGCUGUUCCUCUUGUGAUUGUUUUUAACCCAUGCAUCCAACACUUCUGCCAGACAUGAGUGUCCAAUGCUGAGUGGUGUAUACGUUCACUUGGAACAGGUAAACCGUGAACUCGGCCUGGACCUGCAACUGCUGUUGGUUCUUGAACCCGAAGGCAGAGAGCUGGGGCUCAGUAUUCUUAAUCCCCCAGGCUUGUAGAAUAUUUAAGAAAAUGUUCUGCUAGGAAAUCAAUCAUCUUUUGUUUUAAAUAAUACUCAGUGUGAUGCAGGAGGUUUCUUUCAAGCACUUUCUUUAAAACAAAUAUACUCACUGCAUUAGUUCCAUUUUCCACAUUGCUGUAGAAUUACAUAAUAACAUCUAGUACUAGAAAUCAGGUUUUGAGUUGUUUUUAAUAGUACCGAGUAUUAUGUUAUACAUUGUUCAAGUUCUAAAUACAUAAAAUAUCAUCAGUCUUGAGGAAUCUUUAAAGUAAUUUGCUAAAUAUUUUGAUUCUGCAGAAGAACAACUAAUAAAACGCUCAAAUGUAGCUCCCAAUGGCAUGGUUCCCAUCUCUCAUGCUCUUUGGCUUCAGCAGAUGAAGAACUUGCUAGAUCCUGCAAGCCCAGGUGCUGCUAUCUCCUGGUUUCAGAAAAUAAAAAUGUGUAAGGUUCCUGCUAUCACCUUUCUACACAGGUUAGCUUUUUAAGGGUUAGGUAUAGAGACUGGUGAUCUGAUGUACAGUUUUACAAUGUACUGAGCUGUGUUCCAGACACUUCUUGUGUUGCAUUUAACAGUCAUGAAGAUAAAUAGUGAGCUGGGCACCUCAUUGAUCAGACAUAAUAGCCCAUUUUACAGAGAAACGAGAGGAAAGGGAUUAUUUCACAUCAGGUCAUAGGGCUUGUCCAACUUCUGCCUGGCUACAAGUCUGCCAGGUUGCACAUGAGCAACAGCAGCAGUGUGUAGCCCAGGCCAAGUGGAACCUCACCUUCCAUCACGAUGUGGGACGCUGUUGGAUAAAAUGUGACCUGAAACUCUGAUUAAAACUGAAAUGGAUGCAGUUAUUUUUAAGUAGAUCUUGUAUUAAUAAUUGUUCUCCAGCUGAGAGCAGAGCUUGCUGCAUUUAUUCCCAGGUCAGUAUCUAAGAAGUUGGGAAGUGUCGGUAUCCUUGGGGCUAGGGGCUACAACUACUACCACAGAAAAACGAAUCAUUCACAAGCUAAUUUGGCAGAACUCCAGCUAUCUUGUGCAUUGUAUCUUUGUCCUGCACAGACAUCAGCACUAAUGAAGAUUAGCUCAGCUGCCCUAGCUUAUGUUUCUUAAGCGCUUUAAACACUGUGUGGUUCAGUGUGUGGCUUGGCAGGAAUCUCUCCUGCAGCCACAGUUUCAUGUCUGGAGAAGUUGCAACCGUCUGAAAGUAGGAGAGAAACUGAUAUGGGAAGUCCAAGCUAAUUGCAUUGCUCUAAGCAAGGUCAUGCUGUGAAAUAUACUCCGUAGUGUUAAGUUAUUCACCCACUGCUGGGAGGCCUGCCAUGAUUGUCAGAAUUCUGCUAGCCAGAAAAUGAUUGCCUGCUACAAGGGGCAUAUAAUGGCAGGGCGUGACCAACAAUUAGCAAGAAAAAAUCUCAAAUGCAAUAAAAUGAUGAUGAUGAUGAUGAUGAUGAUGAUGAUGAUGAUGAUGAUGAUGAUGAUAAUAAUAAAGGUUGCUUUGUAUCAUUGCAUUCUCUGCCACAAAACUA